UUGGCCGUUAAUUGUCGAACGAAGUAAACUGAAUAAGAUUUGUCAUUUUUUGCAUACAAUAACAACAUUUGUCAUGAAAGAACGAAUAGUAUUGUUGAUUGUAAUUACAAUAACAUCGAUCGGUUGCGGAAGUAUUGAAGAAAUAUUUCAUUGGAAGAAACUUUUAUUUUUGGAAGAUUCCAAAAAUAUUGCUUUUAAUGACAAAAACACUCCAAGCCGUACCAAUGAAUCAUUCGGGGAACGUAUCAAUAUUCCUAUGGGAAUUACACAUCACAAGGGCCGUUUGUUUAUCACCAUUCCUAGGAAGCAUCCCAGCAUUCCUGCUGCACUCAAUGUAGUUGACAUCUCUAGUGUACCUAAAGGAGAUAUGAGCCCCUCCCUGAAAGCAUACCCUGAUCAAAUCAGCAAUCAGAUUCAUGAUGUUAACCGUACAAGUCAGGAUCGUAUCGUUUCGAUAUACCGAUCAAAAGUAGAUGUGUGCAAUCGUCUUUGGUUCGUCGAUUCAGGAAAACUUGAUUAUCCGAACAACAGUAUGCAGAUACAACGUCCGCAUCUCUGGAUUAUUGAUCUCGAACAGGAUCGAAAAAUACGCGCCUUCGAAAUACCAGAAACUGUUGUCGAAACUGGGGAGGGUAUGAUUAGCCUGGUUGUGGACGCGGAGGCCGAGAAAUGCGAUCAAGCAUUUGCUUAUAUUCCUGAUUUAAUACAAGCAUCCAUAUACGUUUACAGUUUUGAGUCUAAUCGAAUGUGGAGUUUCAAGCAUGCUUCAUUCCAGCCAAAUCCUGAGCGAGCUAACUUUUACGUGGCUGGCUUGAGAUUCGUUUGGGAUGAUGGAAUUUUUUCGAUCACCCUAGGAAAACGCAACCCAUUAACUCGUUCAAGACCGGUUUACUAUCAUCCUAUGGUUAGUACUACGGAAUUUACCACUAAUACUACUGUAUUGCAAAACGAAUCACUAGCAAAAACUGGAGAUUAUGAAGACCUGUUUCGAGCCUUGGGCGAUCGUGGUCCGAAUACGCAAUCAACUAUGCAUCAUUAUGAUCCGGAAACAGGUGUUAUCUUUUACGCGGAAGUGAAUCGAAACUCUAUCGGUUGUUGGAAUAAAAAGAACAACUUUACGGCUGAGAACCACGAUGUAGUCUUUCUGAAUCAUCAGCAUCUAGUGUAUCCGGGGGAUCUCAACGCCGAUGUGGACGGGAACAUUUGGAUUCUGGCAAAUAAUCUACCUACCUGGCUCUAUUCAAAGUUGUAUGAAAAUAAGUACAAUUUCCACGUAUGGCGCAUGAGCCCUCGUGAUGCGAUCGCUGGUACGAAAUGUCAGUAAUAUCAAGUUUAUGGAUUGUAAUAAUUCAGUAGAAUGAACUUGACAAUGAGAUCCAAUAAAUGCAUUACUAAACGCACGAAAAUGUAUUAGACAUUGGUCAGAA